CUAGUCUGAGUGAGAAUAAGGAUGUGAGUAAACCAACAUCUUUUUCUCGAUAAGUCAUAACAAAUGAAUCAUACAGAAAAUAUAUCCCAGAGGGUGACGAAAGGUCAGUAAAGCUGUCAUGUCACACAAUUAUGUCACGCUCGCACCAGUCUUCAAUGUUGUGAGCGUUGUCGUCUCCUCCACAAGUCAAACAAGGAAGGAAAGAUGGCGGACGAUGGUGGAACAGGAUGUAUUCUAAACUCUAUUCUUUAUCAACAUAAGAGGCCAUUCAAUGUCUGCCUUACCAGAAAAACGCUUUACUGGAGCUCAGAGAGUAAAGAAGAGACUAAACCAAAAAAUCUCCCUCCUAGCCACUCUAUCCCUAUUGAAGAGAUAAUUGCUGUAGUACCAAACAAGGAAGAGCCUGUCAAAUCAGAAUGUGGGGACAUCGAAUUACUGCCUUAUUCCAGCACAUUGUUCACAAUUUAUGCUAUUAAAAGGUUAAAGCAUCAUAAAUGGAGAGAGAAAAAGAUCACAUUUGAUUGCAAGGAUGUUGCAUUGUGCAGAGAAUGGAUUAAGGCAAUGCAGGCUAUUCUUAAUGAGAACUAUGAGAGACCCAACAGACUGCUUGUUUUUGUUAACCCAGUUGGCGGCAAGAAGCAAGCAGCAAAGAUUUAUAGAGACAAAAUCCAGCCAUUGUUUGAGUUAGCUGGCAUCCAGGCAGAGGUUAUUGUUACUCAGAGAGCAAAUCAUGCAAAAGACUACUUAGAGGAAGAAGCCCUUGAGAAAGUUGAUGGGGUUAUAUGUGUUGGUGGAGAUGGCAUGUUUCAUGAGAUCCUUAAUGGGUUGAUUAUUCGCACCCAACAAGACUACGAUGUGGAUACUACCAACCCUGACUUUCAAGCUGUGUGCCCCAAGAUCUCAAUAGGAGUCAUCCCAGCUGGAUCCACAGAUGCUAUAGCUUACUGCACAACUGGUAUAAAUGACCCUGUCACCUCCGCUCUACACAUUAUAAUAGGUGACAUUCAUCCACUUGACGUCUGCUCCGUGAGUAAUGGCCAGGAAGUGUUGCGAUACUCAGUCUCCAUGAUGGCAUAUGGCUUUUUUGGUGAUGUGCUGCAGGAUAGUGAAAAAUUCCGCUGGAUGGGCCCCAAGCGCUACGACUGCUCUGGCUUCAAAAAGUUUAUGGGGAAUAGGGGUUAUGAAGGUACCAUCAAAUUUUUAUCAGAUGACAGCUCAGUAGCCAGUCCACAAGACAGAAGCCGAUGUAGGACAGGGUGCUUUGUGUGUAAUGAGACAAAAGACAUUCAGCUCUUACAAGACACAGCUGUUGGGGAAGUUUCCCAGAAGCCACUGCAGGCAGAUGGCUCCCAGUGGCGCAGCGUCAAAGGGAAGUUCAUCAGUGUAAUUGGCGCCAACAUGUCUUGUGCAUGCGCCAAAAGCCCGGAGGGGCUGUCUCCCAGUGCGCACCUUGCUGACGGCUGUCUCGAUCUGAUCCUUGUCAAACACACGUCACGUGUGCAGUACCUCAGACACAUGCUCCGCCUGGCGGGGACAUCCGACCACUUUAACUUCAACUUUGUGGAAGUGUUCCGCGUGCGAGAAUUCCAAUUCACGCCAUUUCAUAACGACGACCCUCCCGAGGGUCAUACAGACGCUACCGUACACUAUCCGAAUGCUUCCGAGAGUCAGGCGAACGCAAUCGAAGACCACACGGACGAAGGCGGUCAACACGACAAGACCAACGAAUGCCAGGUCCUUGCAGUGCGUGAUGGUAAGACGCGCGGACGCUCAACCAAGAGUAUUUGGAAUGUGGAUGGAGAAAUCGUUUCUCAUGCACCAAUCAUCGUGAGGGUUCACCGUCAGCUGGUGCGUAUAUUCGCGCGUGGCAUUGAGGAAUGCGAGAACACGCCCUCCUGUCGCGUCUGUCGGCGCUCGUGACGUAACACGUGACACACUAGCGUGACGUCAGAAGUAUAUAGGAUUGCAAGAAUAAUCGUGCAUAGCAGUCAUGUUGACAAGCUAGCGUUACGUCAGAAGCAUGAUGACGGUUGCGAGUUCUUAAUCUAAUUUAAACCCAUAGACUUUAUUUAUUGAAGGUUGUUCGUAAAACGGAUAGUCGUUAUGCAUUGCAAAGGAGCUAUGGCCCUUUUAAUUUAGCUUUUAAUUUAGAUAUUUGAGAGAUUCUCAGUGAAAAAGCUGCUCCUCGCUACUGAGAGGUUUACUGUUGAGUAACGAGACGCGUGUCUAGAAGGGGGAAGGGCGUGUCCGAGGGGUCCAGGUUUAUCGUUGAGUAACGAGACGCGUGUCUAGAAGGAGGAAGGGCGUGUCCGAGGGGUCCAGGUUUAUCGUUGAGUAACGAGACGCGUGUCUAGAAGGAGUAAGGGCGUGUCCGAGAGGUCUAGGUUUAUCGUUGAGUAACGAGACGCGUGUCUAGAAGGAGGAAGGGCGUGUCCGAGGGGUCCAGGUUUAUCGUUGAGUAACGAGACGCGUGUCUAGAAGGAGGAAGGGCGUGUCCGAGGGGUCUAGGUUUAUUGUUGAGUAACGAGACGCGUGUCUAGAAGGAGGAAGGGCGUGUCCAAAGUGUCCGGACCCCACCCUGCUCAUGUGACGAAAUGAGUUCGACUACGGUUGACCCCUUCGUCAAUUUUAUGUGUAUAUUUGGAUAAAAAAAGUUUCUAGUUGCAUCAAGUGGCGUAUUACCAAAGCUAAGGCUGCCGAUUUGACCAGCUUAGUUUUCGUUUAGUUACAAGGGUCUUACCCAGUUCUCUUCCAAAUAAAAAAGGAAAAAAGUAAAAUCUGAGAUAAAAAAAAGAUUCCUUCCGAAUUGUAGUUGCACUCAUACUCACUUAUUCUUUAUUAUACCCAUGUAAAAGAUUUUUCAAAUUGUUUCUUCCAAGCAGUUUCAAUCUUCAAACGCCAUUCAGUCAAUACAAUAAUCGUAUCUGGCCAAGUACACACAAAAAAAACAGCGUUGCCAUUAUAAAUUAACCCAAUUAUGUGAUAUUUGUAAGUGAAAUACAAGAGAUGAAGAUAUGUGAAAAGGGGUGGGUAACUUAUUUAAUAAAAUAAAAGAUGCAUAAAAAGG